GUGUCGGGCGAGACGAGUUAGAAGUGGUCAGAAGAAAUUACGGUGGACAGAGCCACCGUGCUUAGUUCAGACCCUGAGGACCUCACUGUCAGUAAAUCAUUCUCUGUCCCUUUUACUCCUUGGUGGAGCGAGAUAGUUCUGCGUUCCCAGAACCCUGUCCCCAGGAUGACACCAGCAGCGCACAGUGCCAUCUUUGAAACACCCUGCUGCCCUCACACCUGGGCAGAGGAAGGGCUUGAGGAGACCCUGAGUUUGGAGCUGGGUAGAGCUGCGUUCAUGCAGGCAGUGACCUUUGAGGAUGUGGCUGUGAACUUCACCAGUGAGGAGUGGGCUUUGCUGAACUCAUCCCAAAAGAAGCUCUACAGAGAUGUGAUGGAGGAAACUUUUCGGAAUAUGGUUGCUAUAAGAAGAACUGGGGAUAACCAGGAAGUUGAGAAAGAAUGCAAAACUUACUGGCGAUAUCUAAGAAAUGAAGAGACAGGAAAAUGCUAUCAACUUAAAGCUUGGAAUCAAUAUAAGGAACUAUUCCUUCAUACUUCAGAUGCUAAGAUGAAUGUGAAACAAACAGACACACACAGUGCUGUUCAGAUUCAUGAAACGAAUUGCAGUGGAGGGAAAGCCUAUGUAUGUAAGCAGUGUGGAAAAACUUUUGCCACACGUGGCUACUGUAAAAUACAUGAAAGUCUUCACACUGGUGAGAAACCUUAUGCAUGUAAGCAAUGUGGGAAAGCAUUCAGCACACGUAGGUACUGUCACAUGCAUGAGAGGCUUCACACUGGAGAGAAACCUUAUGUGUGUAAGCAGUGUGGGAAAGCUUUCAGCAUGAAACGUCAUUGUCAAAUACAUGAGAGAACUCAUACUGGAGAAAAGUUGCAUGUAUGUAAACAAUGUGGGAAAGCUUUCACCACACGUGGCUAUUGUAAAGUACAUGAAAGAAUUCACACUGGAGAGAAACCUUAUGUAUGUAAGCAUUGUGGGAAAGCUUACAGCAGGUACAGUGAAUGUAAAAUACAUGAAAGAAAUCACACUGGGGAGAAACCCUAUGCAUGUAAGCAAUGUGAAAAGGCUUUCACCACACGCAGGUCUUGUCAAAUACAUGAAAGAAUUCACACUGGGGAGAAAGCUUAUGUAUGUAAACAGUGUGGGAAAGCUUUCACCUCACAGAGUUAUUGUCAAAUACACGAAAGACUUCACUUUGGGGAGAAACCCUAUGUAUGUAAGCAGUGUGGAAAAGCUUUCACCACACAUGGAUCUUGUCAAAUACAUGAAAGAACUCACACAGGGGAGAAGCCCUAUAUAUGUAAGCAAUGCGGGAAAGCUUUUAGCACACGCAGAUAUUGUCAUAUACACGAAAGACUUCACACUGGAGAAAGACACUAUGUAUGUAAGCAGUGUGGGAAAGCUUUUCGUACUCGUAUAUAUUGUAAGAAACAUGAAAGACUUCACACUGGGGAGAAACCUUAUGUAUGUAAGCAGUGUGGGAAAGCUUUCAGCACACGUAAGUAUUGUCAAAGACAUGAAAGAUGUCACAGUGGGGAGAAACCUUAUGUGUGUAAGCAAUGUGGUAAAGCUUUCAGCAGAAACACUCAUUGUCAAAAACAUGAAAGAAUUCACAUUGGGGAGAAACCAUAUGUAUGUAAACAGUGUGGGAAAGGUUUUACCACACAUGGAUAUUGUCAAAUACACGAAAGAAGUCACACUGGGGAAAAGCCUUAUGUAUGUAAGCAUUGUGGGAAAGCUUUCAGCAGAUACAGUGAAUGUAAAAUACAUGAAAAAUCUCACACAGGAGAGCAACCUCAUGUAUGUAAACAGUGUGGGAAAGCUUUUAGCAGACAGAGUGAAUAUAAAAUACAUGAAAGAAUUCACACUGGGGAGAAACCUUAUGCAUGUAAACAAUGUGGGAAAGCUUUCACCACACACAGAUCUUGUCAAGUACAUGAGAGAAUUCAUACCGGGGAGAAACCCUAUGUAUGUAAACAGUGUGGGAAAGCUUUCAGCACAAACAGUCAUUGUCAAAGACAUGAAAAAAUUCACACUGGGGUGAAACCCUAUGUGUGUAAGCAAUGUAAAAAAGCUUUCACCACACACAGAUCUUGCCAAAUACAUGAAAGAAAUCACACUGGAAAUAAAGCCUAUGUAUGUAAACAUUGUGGAAAAGCUUUCACCACACAUGGAUAUUGUAAAAUACAUGAAAGACUUCAUAUUGGGGAGAAACCCUAUGUAUGUAAACAAUGUGGGAAAGCUUUCAGCACACGUAGGUAUUGUCAGUUGCAUGAAAGAUGCCACACUGGGGAAAAACCCUAUGUAUGUAAGCAGUGUGGAAAAGCAUUCAGCAGAAACACUCAUUGUCGAAGACAUGAAAGUAUUCACAUGGAGAGAAACUCUGUGUAAGUGAACUAUUUGGGAAAGCUUUAACCACACAUGGAUAUAUCAAAUACAUGAAAGAUGUCACAUUUUGGAGAAACCCUGUGUGUAUAAGCAAUGUGGGAAAACUUUCAGCACAAACAGUGAUUAAACACGUGAAAGAACUCACACUAGAGAGAAACAUGUAUGUCAGCAUGAUGGGAUAGCUUUUGAUACUUGUGAAUAUUGUCACAUACAUGGAAGACCUCACACUGGGGAGAAACCCUGUGAAUAUAAGCAAUGUGGGAAUGAUUUCAGCACAUGUAGAGAUUGUUUACUGCAUAAAAGCCUCCACUAGAGAGAAAUUAUGUAUGUAAGCAAUGUGAAAAAGAUUUCAUCGGGUACAUUGAAUGGAAAAUAUACAAAAGCACUUACAUUAGAGAUUAAUUCUGUGUGUGUAAGCAAUGUGAGAAAGGUUUCACUAGGCAUAGUGAAUGCAAAAUAAGUGAAAGCACUUAUACUGGGGAUUGAUCUUAGGAAUAUAAGCAAUGUGGGAAUACUUUCCACACACAUGAUGAUUGUUGCAUAUGUGAAAAACUUACUGGACAGAAAUCCCAUGUUGAGAAUGUGGGAAAGAUAUCAGUCUACUCAUAUUCUUCAGUACAUGAAAGAAGCCUUGCUGAAUAGAAAAUUUUACAUGUAAGCUUACUUUGAAAAUGUUCUAAGAAUUUCUCAUGUUCUGGAGACCUGAAGAAAUAAUACAAAAAGUUUGAUGUCAAUAUUUUAUCACAUUUUUCAGAAAAUAGAAAUCCCAGGUGGAACUAUACUAAAGUACAUACUCCAUUUGGUUUUCAGUAAAUCACAUAUACCUAUCUAGGUUAUGUACCUGUACAGCUAUAUAUAGAAACAUUGAGUUGAUAUAAUUUUGUAUUUUUUAGUUUCUCUGUCCAUAGUGUCUUUUAAUUAAACAUGGUGAACUGAGAUAUACUCCCUGCUUUCAAGCACAGUUAGUAUUGAUGUAGAUAAUGGUUUUUUUCUUUAUAAUUUUGAGGCAGAGACCACUAAAAAACUUAACUUUUAAAUUGUUUUUUCAAUUGCUAUUUGUUGGUAUUUUUACAUGUAUUUGUUUUACAUUUUGGUUCAAAUACUCCCGUCUCCUGUGUAACAAAUGAUGUUUCUGAACUUGAUAUUACAUUUUAUAUUAAAAUAUGUAAAUAAUAUAUUUCAGAAACUGUGAGCAUGUAUUUAUUACAAAGUUGUAUUGUUUUCCCCAAAACUUGUAACUUAGCAAAUGUUAUGUUUUUCAUGUGACAGGAUACUUGUUUAUAUCCUAACAUGAUUGUAUAUUACACCAUGUACAUAAUGUUGCCUGUUUUUCUUUGUUACUGUAGCCAAUAUUAUCAUUUACAUAAAUAUUUAUGUUUUCCUACCAUCAAAAUUUUACUUGUCAUUUUUAUGUUGCAAUGAUUUUUAAUUUGGUGUUACUUUUUCCACUCUAUGUACCAAAAAUGACCCACAGUGCUGUGAAUUAGUGAUUGCCCCAGACCAGCAGAACCAUAACUUGUCUGCAAAAGCAUAUCGUGAAUUAUAGCACUUCUCCAGAAAGUAUAAAUGAUGGCAUGCUUUAUCAGUAACAACACUUUGAGAGGAAUUCUUGUCAGCUCUAGAUUGUUUUGGGGGGAGACCGGGGAUUUAGCUCAACGGCAUAAGUACCUGCCUUGCAAGCAGGUGUCAUGAGUUCGAUCUCCAGUACUGAAAAAAAUGAAAAAGACCAAAAAAAAAAAAAAAAAAGAUUGUUUUGGGGGAGCAUGGUUGCUAUUGAAUGUACAAGGCCAACGUCUUCAUUCUAUUCCCUGUUGCUGUGAUGCCAUUCUAUCUUUGGUAAAUCAUUAUUGUUUUUACCUGAUACUCUAAACUAAUGGCGUGAAGGAAAACCUAACUCAUGAGAUAUUAGUCAGUUUGGUAGAUUGUUUUUUCUGCUACCAAUAUUUGAGACAAAUUUCUACAGUGCCAUUUCUCAUUUUUCAUCAGGACCCUUGCCUGAUGUUUACGAUAUGAGCCAGUUGCCUUCAAACACAUAAAAUGGGCCAAGGUGUGUGUAUGAAUCCUACUUAGUCUCCUUUGACCUGUAUUUUUUUAUUCUCUUUAUCAUUGAUGGAAUUUGUAAAGUGUUUAAUACAGUGUUCUUGAAUACAAAAGCUGCACAAUUUUUGCUGGCAUUGUGUUGUUACAAAUCUGUGGGAUCUUGAAAGCAUAACUGAGCACUGCAUUAAGUAUCUCUAAUACAGUGAGUAUAGCUUGCUCUCGUCUUAAUUAUGCUCAGACACAUCAACCUCUCACCUGUUUUGUAAUAGCACCUAAAAUUAUGUCUUUUGGAUCUGAAAUAUCUGAUAUAGUUCAUGGAACAAAUGACACUGUACAAGUGUCAAUCUUUACACCCUACAACAUGUCGCCAAUUUCCCUGCAGCACAUUUCUGCUUACCCUCACCAGGAAGAUGUGUGGUGUGUUUUGCUAUUCUAGCUAAUAACAGAAUAUUGACUCUAGAAGAAACUUAUUCUGUGUAUAUUCACUUUCUCAUUUUAUCACAAAAAUCUUAUUAGUCCCAUUGAUGCAUGUUUGUAAUCCCAGAAACUCAGGAGGCUUCAGUGGGUGGAAGAAAAAGUUGAGUCCAGCCUAUUAAAUUUAGUUCCUGUAUCAAAAAUGUAUCUUCAAGUUCUGUAUAUGUAGCCCUGUGCUUUAGUACUCCUAGCUUGACUCCUCAGUAUCAGAAUUAUUUUAAUGCGCACAAUUACACAUCAGUGGUUGUCCUUUUCUCACUUGACCACUUAAUAGUUUACCCCAAGCAUUUGUUUGGAAGUGCAUUUGUUUAUCGACUAACUUUAUUCGGGGCAUCUUUGGGGCAGGUGUCAUUUUAACAAGUUGGCUCAUACUGAAUAUGUUUCACAAAAUUAUUGUUUUUGUAUUUCCUAUAAUAUUAUGAACAUUAAGAAAACAUACAAUUUUUGUCAUCCUGUAUUUAAAUAAUUGGACUGGUAAGUGGUUAUGUAUAAAGGUCUAAGCCUAAUGUGAUUCCUUUAGUCCCCGUGUCAGGAGAGACAGAUGUGAUAAACAAGGCUUUGAAGCUAACUUUGGUGGGCAGCUUACUUAGAUGCCUCAGCAAACUGUGAAGCAGUUGUCUUUAUACACACAUUUGAAGUUUAAGGCAAGAAACAAGUUCACAUCAAGAAUAUAAACUUAGGAUAGGGGCUGGGAAUUUAGCUCAGCAGUAUAAGAAUCUGCCUGACAAGUGUGAGGUCAUGAGUUUGAUCUCCAAUACCAAAAAAAGAAAAAAGAAAAGAAAACCUAGGAUAGUAUUAAAAAAAAAAAAUCACUACUGCAAAGCACUGAUUUUGUUGCUCCCGAAAUAUACUUUUUUUUUCAGAAAUACACUUUUUAUGGUAAUAUUUGUAUAACAGCCCUAUAUAUGUCUAUAUCAGAGUAAAACAAAUGAAAUGUAAUUGUCAGAAAUCUUGUUCUGAGUGUGGAGACAGAAAUUUUUUAUCAAUGCAGUUGCUGAUGUUUUGUGUAGAAAACAAGAUACGAUGAUACAACAAAAUAAAAAUUGUGUGUAGUUUAAAAACUCAUGCACACAUGGAAGCAAAACAAAAUACAUGAAGAAACAACCUAAAGAAUGGGAAAAAAUUUGCCUGAUACUCCUCAGAGAAUGAACAUCUAAAGAAACAGGCAAGUGAAAUGAAUAUACACCACAGAUUAAGUACAAAUUGUCAAUAAAUACUUGAAAAAUAAAUGCUUUUGCCCAAUAGAGAAGUACAAAUUGGAACAUUAUCUCAUUCCAGACAAAACACAUCACCAUGAAUUAAAAAAAAAAAAGUUCACAAGGCUGCAGGGGAAAAGCAGUGUAAGUAGUUCAACCAAUACCAAAGUCAGUGUACAAAGUAUUCAGAAACCAAAGUUAUUCCAUUUGGUGCAGUGCUUCCAUUUGUGGGUAUCUUCCCCAAAGAGUUAAAGAUAUCAAAUUUCUGUGACCCUGGGAUAUUGUUUACUGCAGCAAUACUAGCUUUUUCUAUGGGGAACAGCAGCGAAGAUUGCUCUGUCAGUCACCAGAUAUCAAUGAUAAACAAUAAAUAUUCUUCAGUGUACUCCAUUUAAUAAAAGAUAUGUGCUUUUUAUUGUGAA